GUGACAGUAGAGUGGGCGGGAUUUUACCUCAGAUUGGGGAGAGAAGGGUAGUUUGUGGUGAGACUGAGGGAGAGCGAAAGAGAGAAAAGGAUCUGAGGUGAUUUUCAGGGAACGGAAUCCUUGGAUGGUGUGUUCUCUGCCAGCGGACGUCAACAUGACAGAAUAGGACCUGAUCUGCCGUCAUCGGAGGGAAAUGGCUUUUGAUCUAAGCGAGUCCUGCUACUACCUGGAGUCAGACUCGACCUGCCUCUGAAGGACUUGAGCUGUUUAUGGGAACUACUGCUGGGCCGGCCCCCUUGAGGAUUUAAGAACUUCUCUCUCUCUCUCCCCCACCCCCUUUGGGACGCCACCAUAGCUGAACCAGCAGGGAGGAACACGGGAUGGCCAACAACUCGUACAGCGGGGUAAAGAACUCCAUGUUGGAGGCCAAUCAUGACGGAGCCUUUGGGUGCUCGCUCAAAGACCUCCGGGAUCUUAUGGAACUGCGGGGGGCGGAGGCCAUAAGCAAAAUAGGGGCAUCGUACGGAGAUAUUCAAGGACUCUGUUCCAGAUUGAAAACGUCGCCUGUAGAUGGUCUAAGUGGACAGCCCGCAGACCUCGAGAAGCGAAAAGAAGUUUUCGGGGCGAACUUAAUACCUCCAAAAAAGCCAAAAACAUUUCUUCAGUUAGUGUGGGAGGCGUUACAAGAUGUGACGCUCAUCAUCCUAGAAGUGGCAGCCAUAGUCUCACUAGGCCUCUCUUUUUAUAGACCUCCAGAUGCAGAGCGAGAUCACUGUGGGAAGGCAGCGGGCGGCGUGGAGGACGAGGGCGAGUCGGAGGCUGGCUGGAUCGAGGGCGCGGCCAUCCUCCUCUCUGUGGUCUGCGUGGUGCUGGUGACGGCCUUCAAUGACUGGAGCAAAGAGAAGCAGUUCCGAGGCCUGCAGAGCAGGAUCGAACAGGAGCAGAGGUUUACCGUGGCCCGUGGAGGCCAGGUCAUCCAGAUCCCUGUGGCUGAGAUCGUGGUGGGGGACAUCGCACAAAUCAAAUAUGGUGACCUGCUCCCUGCCGACGGCAUCCUCAUCCAGGGGAACGAUCUGAAGAUUGACGAGAGCUCUCUCACCGGAGAGUCGGACCACGUCAAGAAGAACCUGGAAAAAGAUCCCAUGCUGUUGUCAGGCACCCAUGUGAUGGAGGGCUCAGGGAAAAUGCUGGUCACCGCCGUGGGUGAAAACUCUCAAACUGGAAUCAUCUUCAGCCUGCUGGGGGCGAGCGAAGAGGAGGACGGAGAUGACGAGGAGAAGGAGAAGAAGAAAGAGAAAAAAAAGGAGAAGAAAAAUAAAAAGCAGGAGGGCUCUGUGGACCGUAAGAAAGGUAAAGCCCAGGACGGCGCUGCCAUGGAGAUGCAGCCUCUGAACAGCAACGAGGGAGGCGAUGCAGAGGAGAAGAAGAAGACCAACCUGCCCAAGAAGGAGAAGUCUGUCCUCCAGGGCAAGCUCACC